GCAUACCGUAGCUGGGCGGAAUAUGAGUGCGUAUGCGGGAACGGCGUAACAGAGAAACUAGGAAUAGCUGACUGGGUUUGUGAAGCUAAAUUAACCUUAUUGUGUGUUAAGUCGUUCACACGCGUUGGGGUUAUUCAAACUCUACAUGUUUUGUAGCGGCAAGUUUCUUGAACUCGCUGUCUCCGCGGAUAAUUUGUUGUUUUACACCCUUUGAGAAGAAUGAAUGCUAACAUCGGUUAGCCACCCAGAUAACAACAAACGCAUCACACGCCCAGGUUAGCAUCCAUAUCUCAGACACUCCUCUCCCACGGCUGAAACCAUGGCCUUAUCUGAGACAGAUAACGGGUCCUCCGGUGGUGAACCGGACGCUAUUAUAAAAACAUGUGUAUUAGGAGGUUUCAGUGAGAGCCGAGAGACCAAAGCUCUCAUCUCCACCCUGCCGCAGCUCCAUGGAGACUGUGUGCAGAGCGAGUCCGCCAUUCAGAGGUUCUUGGGUGAGACAGUCAUCAGUAAACCACCUGAUUCUUCAAAAUUUCUUAAUUAGUGCUUUGAAAUGUUCAUCACAUCCAUUUCCUCCCCCAGUGAUCAUGAACAGAUAUCAGGAGCAGCCAAACCUCCUGGACCCACAGUUAGGUACACUGUGAUCUCUUUCUUCUUCUUCUUGGGUUUACAGUUUCUCUCAGUCGCUUUGGUGCAUUUCUUUCACAUCAGAAUGUGUAUCAGUAACUUUCAUACAAUUCUCUGCUGUUGUAUAACAUAUCAUUUGCUUCUGUCAUGUCAGUCAAAAUGAAACAUACUUAUGAAUGCUGAAUAGUCAUUCCCUAUAAAACUAAUAGUCCACAUUUCAUUGCUGGAGUCAUUACGUACAAAAAUUGUUCAUAAACAAUGAUGUCAGGACUUAUAAUUUUGAUGACACAGACGGUUUCAUUGACAUGAAUACUUGUUUUUAAGGAAUCAACUAUUCAUUUUGUGCAAGUGACACGCUUUUGCAGGUUAUCCACUAGGUUUUGCAGUUUGUACUAAUAGUUUUGAGAAAUGCACCAACUGUUGAGCAAAUGUUAAAGCAAAGCAAACUGAGAAAAACUGUAAUUGGUGGUUGGCAAAUGGUACACUGUGAUCAGAGGACACAAAGUAAUUUAUAUUUCUUUUACUCAUCAAGAUUAACACACCUUUUCAUUUUAACUACCUUAGAGUGGAUGCUGAAUAUGAUCCUGGAGUUUGUAAGAGAUGAAUCGUCUCCCCCUUCGCUGGUUCAUUUGGGCUUCAAGUUUCUCUACAUCAUCUGUAAGGUCAGUGUGUCAGGAUUAUAUGGCCUACAUUAGCUGCCUCUACUCCUGUUAUAUGACAAAUCAAUCAGGAUGUUUGUGCUUUUUUUCCCUAAACAGGUCAGGGGUUAUAAAAUCUUCAUGCAAAUGUUUCCUCAUGAAGUGGCAGAUGUCCAGCCUGUGUUGGACCUGCUGUCCAGGCAGGAUCCUAAAGACACAGAGGUAAAAGGAAAAUAUAAACAUUUAAGACAAUAUCAGAUUCGUAAAUAUUGUCUUAAAUUAAUAACUGUGUAUUAUUUCCAUCUGUUCAUUCCAGACUUGGGAAACUCGCUACAUGUUGCUGUUGUGGCUGUCUAUGACCUGCCUCAUUCCAUUUGACCUCUAUCGUCUGGAUGGUGAUCUGGAGUCAGUUAGCGGCAGGGUCAGAGAGUCCACCAUGGACCGUAUUCUCGCCAUCGCAAAGGUAAGUGAAGAUGAUACUUUAUUCCUUCAGUGUUUGAGUAGAUGGUCUGUGUAUCUUGGUCUUGCUGCAUAUAAUGUCUUGGUACUGUUUUAGAGAUUUGACCCAUGAAUAUAACCUCAGCAACAUAACAUAUGAAUGGAUUUUAAUCAUUACAUUGUUUAUGUUUCAUCCUACAUUUGAAGAUUGUGAUAUUUUUCUGCGAUCAGUUAAUUCAACUAAAUAACAAUAACCUUCUUUUUCCCAGUCUUACCUGCUUGUCAAUGAUAGUCCCAGAGAUGCAGCAUCUGUCCUGGUGUCAAAGUAAGUAAUUGAUCCGCAUGCAUAUAAUAACAGUAAUGACACAACUGGACCAGCUGACUGAAAUUGCACAGCCAUUAGAUUUCUUUGUAACAAAAGAAAAAACAAAUAUAUACAAAGAAUUAAGAUAUAAAGCAAUGACAGGAAUGUGAAAGAAAUAAAGUAUAAUAGAAUAAAAUCAUAGAACACUAUAUAACCUGUAAAAAACCACUGUAAUGCAGCAAAAGACACAGUUUAAACAGAUUUCACUAUUUUUUCAGGUGAAGUCUGUACAGCAUAGUUAAUAGCAUCAAAAACACACGUAUCCAGUUGUGUUUCCUUGUUAAUAACUGAACUGUAAGUAUAUUAUAAUAAGUAUCAUCAUAUCAUAAUUCGAAUUACAUAUCAAUCAUAGUUGGAGUCCAGCUGUGAAGAGCAGCUUAGAAAGGCAUAAAGCAGAAUUGUAGUUAAGCUCUUGCUUGAUAAGUUUCUCAAGAAAAGUUUUACGGCUUGUCUCCAGAAACUUUUUAGGAAAGUUUUCUUUGUUGCUACGGUAGAAUUGUUUUUACCAAUUAUUGUCAGUGAAGUCCUUUUCAUUUGCUUAGGAUAUCUUGACAAGAAAUUUCUGUCUGGGCCUGUCAGGUUAGGGUGGCCCCAUCAAAAGUUUAAUGACACAUUUUGACUAGGAAAGAGAAAAAGACACCCAGGAAGAUUUACUUGAAACAAGCUGAGUAAGAUGGGCUUGAAUUGUAAUAAUAGUAGUUUUUAUCUGUAAUACUUUUCUCGGCCAAUAGAUGUCACGGUUCUUCAGUGAAUGUCUUCACAAGUGUCGGCGUUUGUUUAUCCUCAUUAAAGCUCCAUCGCUUUCUUGUUUUACUGCACAUGACUGCACAGGUUCAUGACACGCCCUGAUGUGAAACAAAAGUGCCUCGGGGACUUUCUGGACUGGAGCCUCACCACUGUAUCUGAAACGGGUGACCAGUCAAUGAAAGACAUCAUGGUGCUGGACGGGGCUCUGCAGUCUCUGGUAAACACCUCUCUCUCUCAAGCAGCAGUCAUACCAGGCUGUAUAUAUUUGAUGUUAGUGUGUUUAGUUUACAGUGUUGCAUUAAAACCUGCAGAGAGUAGUUUACAAGAGCUGACAUGACUGGUAUGUCUCACACAAUGCCUGAUGUGGUUUUGGCAGGUGUGUAAUGCACCUGCUGUGUGUGAUCUGGUGCCUCUAGUGACUUAUGUCAGUUUAAUCCAACCCUUUAAGCCAAACGGUUCCUCCGUGAAUGGGAACAACUUUGUGGGCUCACGGUUCUAAAGAAUUCCCUUUUUUACAACCCGAUACCUCGAACAUCACACGUGUUUUCCAACCAAAUUUUCAAACCACUUCCUGGGAGCCGAACUAAUGUAGAUCAGCCCUCAGGCAAGUUCAUUAGCUUCAUAUCGAUGGCAUGUAAACUGGCAUAGCAUGUUUAGAAAGUGUCCCUUUGUGAUUAAUUUCUUUAAAGUGAACCUGGCUCCAGACCAUGUGUUGCUCAGGGCGUUUAAAACUGGCUCUGUUUGUUCAGUUGACAAACCUAGAGGAGCCACACUUGCAGGGUUUUACUUCUCGUAUUUAUUUCGAUUAAUGGUCAAGUUCUGUAAAGAUUCCAGAUCGAACGACAGAGGACAGAAAACUUCUGCAGACAUGUAUUUUUUAAAAUGUGUCUUUUAUUGUCAUUUUUGUCAAAAUGUAUGACACCUUUACAAACUGUUGGAGGAGAAUUUUAGAUCGAUUUGUUUUCUUAUUUGUGUCCUUUAGGCUAAACUUUUCAAACACGGGAAACGAGAUGACCUCCUCCAGUAUGGUAGGUUUCCUUUUCUGUACCGAAGUGACGAUUAAACAUCUUUCUCCCUACAUGAAAGUCAAAGCACACGCUGCAUGUUGUGAACAGGAGUUGUUGUCGCAUGUGACAGUCUAGGUUGUACUCUUUGCUUAAUUGUUUCGCUUGUGGUAACAGAAAUAUUUGUGUUCACAAAUCUUUAUCUAACUGUUCUGUGCCAGAGGGGAGAUAUUUGAAUGCAAAGACUAGAUGAUAUUUAAGUAACAGAAGGUACUUUCUGUCAAGUCUGCCAAACUGGAUAAAACGAGUGUUUAUUAGUUGAUAUAUAUGAUAAAUAAGCAAACCAUUUGGAAAUAUUCAUGUCCAAGUUGACAAAAUAAUCGGCUUUUUAUUUGAUGAAAGACGCCAAAGGAUCUUUUUUGCCAAAUACCUCCAAAUGUGUUCUGCACAUUCCUGUAAAAAUGUAAAAAAAAAAUCAUUUAGAUCCAGAAAUGAAAUAAAAAAUUGAAUUAAUGUUGUUUUUCAAUUUCCUAGCUCCUACAGUCCUUCAGUGCCUGGAGAAGAAACAUCUCCCUGAUAGCAGUCAGGCCAUGCUGAGGAAGCUCGGGGUCAAACUGAUCCAGAGGCUUGGACUCACCUUUCUAAAGCCACGUUUGGCUGCUUGGAGGUCAGGAAUGAUACCCAUUUAUCAAUAAUCAUAACUUAAUUUUUAAUUAAUACUUUGUGAAUCAUUUGGUUAUUGAAUGUCAAAAAUGAGAAAAUAACACAUCACUGUUUUCCACGGCACCAACCGACAUCUCCACAUUGCUUCUUGUUUACAACAAACAAUCCAAAAGCUAAGGGCUCAUAAUUAAAUAUCAUAAAUGCCAAAAGAAAUUAGUAAAUCCUUUUGGUUAAGAAUCUGGAUGGAACAAGUCCAACCCCAUUUUUUUAAGAGAUGGAACAAAAAUUCUGUUUGGCGAAAACUGCAGGAUUUGAAGCCCAUUGUCAACUGGAAAAGAGGCAAAGACAACAAAUCAUAUCUAAAAACAGAAAGAUUAUAUUGCUUUAUGAAAAUAUUUGCUCAUUUUGAAUUUGAUGCAAGUCACACAAUUGAGAAACAGUUUGGACGGAGCUGUCACCUUCAUUUUGUAUCAGCUCUUUUUUUUAACAACACUGUAAACACUCGGGAAGCAAGGGGACCAGUUCCUGGAGUUUUACAAGUGUUGUGUUGUGUUGUUUUUGUUUUUGCCUCCCAGUUGUAUUUUUUGUCAGUAUACUCCAAAAGUUAAAAUAGUGACGAGUCAGCACCGCAGUUAAGUACCCAAACUCUUGGACUACUUUGCCGUGUUGUUGUUACACAUGCAAAUUUAGUUUGGCAUCUUCUUGCUGUAAUAUGCUUUUCCAGGUCUUUCCUGAAAAAUGCAUCGUCUAAGUGGCAGCAUAUGACGCUCCAAACCUGUGUGUAUCUUUCAGCAUUAAUGGGGUCUUCCCAGAUGUGUAACUUAGCCAUGUCAUGGGCACUUCUGCAUCCAUACACCAUCAGGGAUACCAGCCUUUAAACAUCUGUGGAUGCAGAGUCAAACUGUGUUCAGAGACGGUAGCUUUUAGAUGUGAUUUUGGCCCACAGUGAUUUCCCCUGUAGAGUCAUGUCAGAUUCAGCCUCCCUGGAGUGCCUUCGUGUUUCUAACCUGUUGCAUAUUAAUGUAAUUUGUUUCGGAGACAUUCCUCUGGGUGUUUUUUUUUUUGGCAUUGCACAACUUUUUCAGUGCUUUGCUGUCCCUGUCCCAACUGUAAAGAAACUUGUUUCUUGCGUCACAUUUAAAAUGAACAGAUAUUUUUGACUUAUCAAGAACAAUUUUCAGUUUUGACAUUUGAUUUGUUGUAUUUGCUUUAUUAACAUUUUACAGAGCAUCCCAACUCUUAUAGAAAUGAGGAUGUUAACAUUUAUUUUUGCUAAAAAGCUAAUAAUAGAACAGAUAAGUUGUACAGAAGUUGGCUUUUAAUUGAUAGUCAAUUGACUGUUUUAUUUGGAGAGGCUUAAGCUCUGGAAGCUGACACUAACAAAGACAUUUAAGGACUAUUUACAGAAGACUUAAGUUUUCUUAGUUCGUAAGUAUGUCCCUAUUUAUUUAGUAAUUGUUUAUAUGAUAUCUCUUACACGUUUUUCAGGUAUCAGAGAGGCAGCCGCUCCCUUGCAGCAAACCUCUCCAUGUCCCAGUCUGCUGCAGCUACAGCUGCCGUCACUCCAGAUGUGGAGACACGAGAACAGGAGGAGGACUACGACAUCCCCGAAGAAGUGGAGACUGUUAUCGGUCAGUUUCAGCCUCCAUGCAAAGAGAUGAAUCACAUUCGAUUUGAUGAUUGCAGGGAACUCAUUGUUUGUCCGUGUGUGAUUUUACAGAGCAUCUUCUGGUGGGACUUAAAGACAAGGAGACGAUAGUGCGCUGGUCUGCAGCAAAGGGGUAACCGUGCUCAUACAUAUGUCAUCUUGGAAAGUGUAACUUUUGAAAAACAACCUUGUUGCUACUUGUCUGUGAUGAAUAAGGACUGCUUAUCUGCAGGGGUUUAUGCGUUACAAUAAUAAUCUGUUUCUUGAAUCUCUUCAGCAUUGGCAGGGUGACCGGGAGGCUUCCCAAAGAACUGGCAGAUGAGGUGGUUGGUUCAGUGCUGGACUGCCUCAGGUAGUUUCAUUCUGGAGGCAAAUUGACUUAACUUGUCACUCUGUCCUGUCCUUUAUGCUUUCUUUGAUAUUUAGUUGUAUUUUCAAUCAGGAUGAUAAUCCACUAAUGCAUCAUCUUUGACAUUUUCUGUGCUUGUGUGUGUGUGUUUGGUUUUCAAGCUUUCAGGAAACUGACAAUGCUUGGCACGGAGGCUGCUUGGCACUGGCAGAACUGGGAAGGAGAGGCCUGCUGCUGCCUUCCAGAUUGACGGAUGGUACGUGGAAAACAAAUGUGAAAAAUAGUUACAACAGAACAUGAAUAAGUUCUUGACAAUACGUUUAUUUAACAUAUAUAUAUUGACAGUACAGAAAGACGUCUUUACAUAUAAAAUAUUUACCUUACAAAUAUGUUUAAAUAUUAAAAAUAGGGGUGUCCCGAUACAACUUUUUGACUUCGGAUACAAUACAGAUAUUGUAGCCUUCAGUAUUGACCGAUAUUGAUCAGAUAUCGGCACAAACUUGUGCAUGACAAGUUUUGCACAGCUGCAACGUCUUUUUCGGACUUAAACAAAAAUUACCGUCACACUGCCGACACCACUCCUACUCCAUGUUACUUUGUUAGUACCUUAGUACACACUCAUGUUGUGAUUUUGUGGGCUCUGCAUGCUGGAACAAGGCGCUGCUAGAUAGAGGUGCUGGAGUGGAGUCUGGAAUGGACUGCUUGUAUCAGAGAGCUGACAUCGGAGGUUUUAGUUGCAGGACAAUAUCAUCCGAUAUUCAUUUUUUCACUGAUAUCGGACCGAUAUCCGAUAUCAAUAUCAUAUCAGGACACCCUUAAUUAAAAACCCAAGUAAAAGUUGCCUUUCACCUUUUCAGAUCCAGUGAGAACGUUUCAUAAAAUGCACGAACCAAUGACAGCGAGUCUUUGUACAUGACUUUAUAUUCAGGGUUUUGGCAGUGCUAUACAGUAGAUAUUAGAUAACUCUGAUUUUCAGUGCUUAAUUAAAAAAACAGCAUAAAUCUUUAAUAAGUUUAUCUUAUCCCGUUGAGGCUUGCAGCAUUGAGGGACACAGAUGAUCCGUCCUUAUUGCAAAUUAAUCAAAAAGUCCUUUUUUUUUUUAGCAGCAGCGAGGCCGCCUCCUCAGAGCCCGCCCCGCUGCUUUCGCUCUCUUGUUUGGUUUAUGGCAGUUGCUGUCAGCGAGGUUGCUGUUCGCUCUUUUCACGCCUGUUGCUUUCGCCUUGGUUGUUCUUUUGGUCUUCUUUGGAGAGUCUGGCUUUUUAGCCUCCGGGUGCACAUCAGCGGUGCUGAAGUCACACGAAGAGGCGGCAGAGCUUGCGAUGGCGAGCUGACAGAGGGCGAGUGCAGCAGUUUGCCUCUGGUCACACGGUUCGUCCUCCUGCUCUCCUUCGGCAUCUGACCCCUGCAGAAGAUCCUCUGAAGUGUGAGUGGGGCUGCUGUAAGAGGCUCGCAGGCUGAGGUUAAGAGGCACAUCCACUGUCUUUGAUUUCUCUAAAUCCAAGCAGCUUGAUCUGUGAUCUGAGGGACUGCUUUCCCUCUCCUGGCUUCUGAUCGAAAGAUUGAGGGGCGUCAGAUCUUCUCUCUCGGCUUCGGUUUCCUUUUCCGCAGUUUCUUGACACGGCUCAGAGACAGACGUCGGAGAAAACUUGCUGCUUUCAGCUGAUCUGAAAUUGAGAAAGAGAGAAAUUAGAACCAUAUUUUUAUAAACAGCAGCUAAAAUAAACAAAAAAAAAAUCUGUUUCUGAAGAGGUACUCACCCUCCAUCCACAUGCAGGUUUCUCAACUGCAGCAAACUUUCCGCGGACUCUUCCCGUCUCUCAUCAGACUCGGUGGGCUGUGCAGGAUUAGCUGUAUAUCCCCCUUGAGUGGUCGUCUGUGGCACACCUAUGUUGGUGUAGUGGGGUGCCUCUGUGUCUCUCUGGAUUAUGUGCGCAUGAUUUGGUCUGUCAGGGGACCCCAAGGCCGAGCAGCCCUCUUUAGGACUCAGCCUGGUUUCCUUCUCCUCGCUCUGCCCGUGGUUGCCCUCCUCUUUCGUAGACGUGUUGAGGAUGUUGUGACCGGGAUGUGAAUGCAUGUAAAAGUCAUAAUCCUUCCGCCCCAGCGUUGGGCCGUACAAGUCCAGAGGAAGGUAUCUGGGUCCUGUAAUUGGCAUAGAGAGCUCAUGGGGUCGGUACAGGGUGUAAUGCAAAGGGGGACCUGGAGUAAGAGGGUGGCAGUAUCUGUAUGGGUAUGGAGGAAAGAGGUGAGGUGGAGCAAUAGGUUGUGGUACAACAGGCCUCUGAGGAUCCAAGAAUUGGGGCCGGAAAGAGGAAGAGUUUGCCUCGGUGGGACUGGGGUUUCCUGGGAGGUAGUAUGGAGGGUACAGAGGGCGGUCAGGUAGGAGGUAAGGAGGGUACUCUGGGACAAUUGGAGGGGGGAACGGUUUUAGAGGAAUGGAUGGUGGAAUCGUGCCCCACGGGAAGCCCGGGUGGCUAAAAGUGGCGACUGGAGCUUGCGAUUCCUCUGCUGCCUGCUGCACGGAUGGCUUGAAGGCUUCUGUAGCGUCGUUUUUGGGUGUGACAGGAGAGAAGGCAGAAGGGCGCGGUACAGACUUGUCCUCACCGCUCUCCUUGUUCUCUCUCUCUGUUACUGUAUUUGAUUUUGUCACACUCUGGCUCUCUUUAACAAGCGGCGGACUGUCACGCCCAACGUCUACUUCUUCAGUGUCGUCUCCUCUCUCGUCUUUGUUCUCUUUGGCUCUGUGUUUCUCCGGGCUGCUGCUCCGCGCUGCGGGCGGGGGGCUCGGACAAUCCUUCGACUUCACGGGGGCUCCCUUCGCUGCGGCCUUGACCUGCCGCGCUGUUGUCCCACUUUUCUGCGACAUCAGGGAGAUGGAGUUUUUGCACAGGUUGUAUUUCAUGUGGUUGAAGAGGUGGGACUUUUCGUUGCAGGUGAAAGGACACUGGAAACACUGGUACUUGAAGGGCUUGCCUGGCGGUCGAGGAAUGUAGUGUGGCCUUUUGGGUUUGCGUUCUUGGACAGUUUCCAUCUUGAAUGCGAAUAUCCUGAAAGAGAGAAACAUGCAUCGUCGUAAGAAGACAGUAGCACUUGAAGAAGAUGCUUUUAAAGCACACGAGACAGGUGUAAGAGUCACAGCUGAGUCAUUUCAGUUUGCACCAGGUCUUACUAGGCUCACUGUCUCGCUGUUAAGCUCAGAGUGGUUGAACUGGUUCCGUUGGAGAGCGGCUCGCAUCGGGAGGUUUUCCGCUCUGUGUUCUUUCGGCCGCGCAGGCAGAAAAAUCUCAAGCUGCACAAAACGCCGCACCCUCAGGCUAAUGUAUUCCUCCAACUGUUACUUCAAACUCCAAUGCACACCGAGCAGGAAGAUCAUUAUAUAUGAAAACCUGUCUACUGUAUGCAAAACACACAUGUUUGCAUAGCUGCGCUGGUGUCUCGGUGUGUUUUUUUUUUUUUUGAUGAUUGGCAGCUGCCUACAAACGCCUCCUGAUUGCUCAACUGUCCAUGUGCUCCGAUAUCUCAUCACUUAUUAGUCCUGUUAGGGGAAAAAGAGCGGCUGAGGUACCAGGUAGAGACAGGUGCUGCGCAGACGAGGCUCUUACUAACACAGGCCUUAAGGGCAUGCAGAGACAUGCUCCCUCUAAACCUUACUAAACUCUGCGCUGUCGGCGUGGGAACCAGCAGCCACCUGCUUCCCAUGACUACACCUGCGGGAUGUGCUCAUGCUUCUACCAGUCAUCAUCAUUUGGUUAUUUGAUUAUUAGAUGAGCUCACCUGCUCUAGAUAUACACAAGCAUGGGAAAUAAUGCUUAAAUACUCUCCCUGUGAUGUUCCUGCGAAUUUAGAGUCGUAGUGGCCGAUUCCAGCGAAACCGUGAAGAAGGUGGCGUCUGAAAUACCUCAGGUCGGCCUUUGAAAUGAAACAUCACCUUAAGCUGUGAGUUAAGUGCUGCCGGGCCGCCGAAUGGAGGAACCUGCUUGUCAUGCGCUGUCGCAAGAAGUCGUCCCUCAAGUUUCUGUGCAACUGUAGUGGCACGCAAAGCCACUCCCUUCUUAAGAGCAAAAAAUUCACUUGAAAUUCUCUUUAAAAAUGUUUUUUCUCAACACUUUGAGUUUAACCAGGUGAAAAUAUUUCUAUUUUACAAAUUCAUUAUUGAUCGAAAUUGAUUGAUUUCUAUGAGAUCAGUUUUCCACACUUUUAAUAACAGUUAGUAUUGUGAUGUGUAAAGGUUAGAAAGUUGUCCGAUAGGUUUUUUAAAGGGUUUGUAAAUAAGGUUGAGUACUUUGAAUGUUACUUGUGCAUCACUCUGGCAGAGUAAACAGAGGGAGGUUGAAAUCCACAGGUAACAGGUGCGAACAGUGAACAAAUCUCAAUAACUACACCCAACAAAUUAGCCGACACUUCACACAAUACAGGCUUUUUUUCAAACACACAGAAAGGCUUUAAGGAAGUGCUGUAAAAUAAAUAAGUUCAAAAUAACGCUGUUUCCUUGUAAAUAAAAAAUGGAUUAGAAAUGUACCUGCUCUGGCCGCAGCAGCUGUUUCCCUCUCCUGAACCUGAGCUACAGUCCACAGCCAGCCUCAGUAUCUGGUCCGGACGUCUGCUCCAGCGUGUGCUAAAAGUUGAGAGUGUGUUAGUUAGUGAGUGCGGUGAUGCAUUAGUCUGCUGUAUUUGGUUAGUUGUGUGGUGAGUUCCUUUCUCUGAGGUGUUGUCUCUCUAGUGGGUGGGGCUUCAGCCUUAAACAGCAGGGCCCUCAGGCAACAUUGAUGUACCUGAUAUUAGUCAGGCCUGGAGCGAUGAUUUACAUGAUGAGGUGGGGUGGGGGCUUUCACUCCCGCUUCAUCUCCUCCCCUCUGUGGAUAUCUUUGUGGAAAUGACAGACUUUUAACGACAAAGUGAAGUCUAGCCGUCAAGAUCAACAUUAUAUUCUCUUACUUUACCUGUUAUAUGAAUGAAACAGCACUCAAGGAAUACAGUCGGACAUGUUUUAAAACUUACCUCCUGAUUUAUAACCAUGUUCAGAAUUUUGAAUAAGACAUGCACAUUUAGAUGAUUCUCUGAGAAAACAGGAAGAUUAUGCAUUUAGUUUGGUGAACAUAGCCUCAAACUGGAAAUAGAUAAUCAACCGUGCAGCUGUAUAUGCACCAGUUCUUUCAAAAUAAAGGCAGAUUACAGCUAAACAUUAGAUUGCUCUUUAUGAAUGCAUAUAUAAAUUAAAUCUUAAAUGCUCAACCUGGUUUGGAGCAGCCCUGAUUAUAGUAUUAAAUUCAUAUACUGGCUCCUUGAUUCUAACAUCCCAAAAAAGUACAUGUAACAAGUGCAUGUGUUGAUUUGCGUUCAUCUUAAUCUACUCUUUUCUCGCAGUCGUGCCCCUCAUCAUCAAAUCCCUGACCUACGAGGAAAAAAGAGGAGCGUGCAGCGUCGGCUCCAACGUGCGCGAUGCCGCUUGCUAUGUGUGCUGGUCCUUCGCCCGGGCCUACGAACCCAAAGAGCUGGAGCCUUAUGUCGAUCAGAUUUCCAGGUAACCCUCCCCUCCCUUCUUUCUUGCCAUAAAACUUUCACUCUCACAGGUCAUGUCAAGCACAUGUUUUUAUCUGUCAAAAUUAACGGCGUAAUGACAUAAGAAAGGUUGGUACAGAUUGCUGUGUGUUAAUAUAAUUUGGAAAGUUUCUUCCUCCUUUAUUAAUUGACAUAAAAUGACUCUAUUGGUGUGUAGUAACUCAUUCGUCAACAUGAUCUCUUUAAAUUGUGACUUUGAUUCUUAUAAUUCGCCUCUAAGGACAUAUUUACAGCAUUAGAUCAAUCCUGCAUGUCCCUACAUAACCAGCUGAUACACUUGUGUGCUGUUUUUGUGCCUCCAGUUCAAAGUAGUUUUACAUCCGAGUUAAAGAGACACAUGUCAGCUGUAGAUAAUGGCAGCGAAAAGGCUUUGUCGUGUUUCGUCUGACUUCAAAAGGAAGAAAGUAGUGCUGAUCAUUAAUUAUAAUGACAACCAUUUUUUGUGUUUGGUUCCCUGUUGGUGUUUUUUUCUUCCAUAAAUCAUUGAGGGCUCCUGAGCUCAGCGUCUCGUUGACAUUUACGUCAAACUUUUCUUUGGGUAAAACUUUUUUGCGUGUCUUCCAGUGGAAUACGACAUGAUUUCUAAGACUUCAUUUAUACCCGGAUUUCCUGUGCUAAUUCCUUAAGCACAUUUUUAUUACAGCAGUCAGCAUGUGGGAUUUUUUUCACAGUCAGUCGUAUUACAAGUGUUAGUAAGAGUCUUUUUAAUCCACAUGUGUUGACUCUUUCAGGACAGAAACAGCUGAAGGGGUUUUAAAUGCUCCUAAAAAAGUCACUUUUUAUUAAUGUAGCUGAGGUGUGAGAUUUCUGUUUGACUCUGAGAAUUAACUAAUAUGAAGGAAAUUACAACGUCCUCAACAUCAACACCACAAAGAUUUUGUAUGAGGCAUUAAAUAUAACACUUAUCUCAAUUUUUUUUUAAAUCAGAACAUAGAUAUUUGAUAGUAUAAAAGCAUCUUAUAAAACGUGAAGUUUCACAUAAAGGAAAAAACAAUUCUGAAAGUUUUCACAAAAACCAAAACUUAUUUUAAAAAAAAGACAAGACUCACAAACUUCCCAUAAAAUGCAAAACUUUAAUUAAAAAAAAAACAAAACAUUUACAAAAUUUAAAAGCUUUUUCAAACAAAAAAACAUUUUUAAAAAUGCAAAAAAAAAAACAUUUUUUUUUUUAGGUUUUUACGAGUUUUUUUUUUUUUCUUUGUGCGAAGUUUUAGUUGUAAAGUGUUUUAUCUUGAUAUAAAAGGUUUUUAUGUUUCUGAAAAUAUUUUUGGUUUUGUAUUUAAUGAAUAAUUUUUGUGCUCUGUGAAUUGCUUUUGUAUUUUUAUUGACUAUUUGCCUUUGCAUAUUUUAAAAUGUUUUUACAUUCUCUGGUGUCUGGUGAAAUGUUUUCGGGUUGACUGAAAUGCUUGAAGGUGAAAAACUUUAAAUCAUGACACAGUUGACCUUCAGGGCCUCUAUAAAAAUUCUUCGACGGCAAAAAAUGACAGGAACUGUUUAAAAACAGCUUUAGAUGUAUAAAGCUGUUGUUAAAUUUGUGAUAAAUACAGGAAAUAAAAUAAAUAGUAUGCUUUAAUGUAGAUAUCAAGUAUACCCUGACAUACACAGGUUUGACUCUCCUGACAUAUUCAUGUGUUAUAUGAAUAUGUAGAUGGUUGCAUGUCUGAAAAAGGCUGAUAAUGAAUCAAUUACUUAUUUUGUUUUCUGUUUUUUUGGGGGUUUAUCAUCCUUUUUCAGUCUGUUUAAUUUAGACCUAUAUUAAAGUUGUUUUAGUUUUUGGAUAAAAAACACCUAUAUUGUCUUUAUUGAGUCAUAGGCUGAGGUAAAAAAACUGUGCUGGCUUUUUUCCAAGUGCAGAGGCCAGCCUUAAAAAGUAAUUACCAACAUUUUAACACCUUAUUAUUCAUCCAGUGCAGAGAAACUGACGUGCACUUCGUCUUUGUCAGCGGUAACGGUGUUCUGCCUUCUUGAUCUCUUCUCUCUCUGUAUGCGUGUUCGGACCUGCGGCCUCUGACUGUGCAGACCAGCUCUGCAGUGUCAGUUUGUUCCCUUGCGACUACCGUUAUCAUCAGCAGUCGCGACAACACCCUCCCUUUCCCUAGCCUACAGGAUUGCCAGGUUUCGCCUGUUGCUGUAGGUUUCGGUCGCCGUUUGGCAGCAAUGCUUAGACAAGCUGGUUCCUGUUCUUUUUCAUCACAGCCUGAUGACACUGACAGAAAACUCACUUUUCUGAAUGUGGGACUGGUGACUCGGGGGCACUCACACACUCACAAAAGUUACAGUUACACUUUAUGCCUGUUAGAUGUAGCUGCCACAGAUGUAAUUCAGAAACUCCCUUCGGGCAUUAUACAGGGUGUAGCCAGGCCUGUUGUUGUUUUCAGUCCUUAAGGGCAAGGGCAGUUUGUACAACCAAAUCAGGGCAGCUUGUAAUCCCCAAGACCUGGAUUUUGAUGUUUGGAGCUCGAGAGGAGAGCAAACAAGGCUGCAAGUUCUUCAUCCCGGGCUGUUACUGUGAUGCAUAAGCAGGGUGACCCCCCUCCUUUAACGCCUGACAUUCACACACACAAACCCCCCCUCCUGAAGCUGAGGGUGGAGAGAUGCUGAGGUCAAAGAAUCAGACACGACUUCCAGUACAGAAGGGGAGUCAUGGUUAAUCAUGUUGUCGCUGCCAGGAACCGUCGCACCAUGAAAAAAACAAAACAUUUCUGUCAGGAUGAUGCAACCAAGCUGUCGUCAUGAUAUUGAUCGUAGCAAUGACUCAUGACGAAUUAUAAAAAUGCUGAUACGUCAUAUUUGGUCUCUUCGGGAUACUAGGAAUGUCUUUGCAAGGUGGUUGUUGCAGAGAACUUUUUUAAAUAAUACUGAAGCAAAUUCUGUUCUUACAGAUAUUGGAGGGAGAGUUCAUAAAUGCAGCUUUUUCUCCAAUUCUAAAGCAGACUUUAUAUUUCUCUCCACAGCUCUUUGCUGAUAGCGACAGUGUUUGACCGAAGCGUUAACUGCCGGAGAGCUGCCUCUGUAAGUUUUCUACGAUCUCUAAAAUGAAGAUCUCUGCUCUUAAAUGAUAGAUGCUAAUUUUUGAUGUCUCUUUUUUAUCCCAGGCCGCCUUCCAGGAGAAUGUAGGACGACAGGUUUGUGACCGCAGUAUUGACUGCUUGUGUUUGAUGACUAACAGAAUCACAGCGAUUUGAAAUUUAGUUAAUGCCAAAUAUCUGGGGCCUUGCUCAAACUUGCAAAGGCUUUUUGAGUGGAGAGUCACUUUGCAAGGCUUUAAACCAACAACAUAGAUUUAUUACUAACAUUGUCUCUUUACAUCAUGCAUUUGAUUUACGGCGAGUGAUUUAUUUCCCAUUUUAUUAAAUUAACCAGCUCUGCCUUUAUUAAUGAAUUUGCUGCAAAUGCAUCGGAUAAUCGUUUGCUUCUCACUCAACAGGGGACAUUCCCUCAUGGUAUUGACAUCUUAACCGCAGCCGACUACUAUGCAGUGGGCAAUCUGAACAAGUGCUAUCUGACUAUUAGGUAAGACACAGUUUAAUUCCCCACAUUUUAAUUUUUUAGUGCUCUCUUUGGCCAUAUUUUCCCUAAUCUAUACACUAGUGGAGCUGCAGUCGGGCUGAUUCAUAAAAUCUUAGCUCAAAUACAAUCUUAGCUCAAAUACUCAACUAUUAAAGGAAAAAUUCUGAACCGUUCCUUUAAUUCAAACAGAAGCCUGGAUAUGCAUGCAUGUAGAAGCUCAUAAACCCUGACUCAAACAGCUAGAAUCAGUUUGAUGCACUCACUUGUGCAGCCUGAGUGUUUUCACCUGUUUUGACCUGAACAGGUGUUUAAACAGGAAUUGCAAAUGAGCUUCUGCAUACAUUACAUGUGCUGCAUCGCUCUUACACCCCAGCGUUUAUCCGUAUGAUCCCUGUUAAUCAAACUAACAAAGUAACACAAACUUUGCCAGUUUGUAAAGUGUGUUUUUCAGAAUAAGAGAUGAUCUCCCGCCAACUUUGUGCACACAGUUAGCUUGUUAGGACAGUAAAGUCACCACCACCAGCCGUUUUCAGGAGGUGACACCUACUGUCUGGCAGGAUUGUGUCGCCAACAGCAGAACAAACAUUCAGGUAGUCAAAUAAGGAAAGAUGCUAGCCUCAGGGUGUGACUGGAACUGCACCAAACACUAAAGACAGAAUUAAGAUUUAGAAAGUGAAAUGAGAUGGCUGAAAAAGAUUUAUGAUGGUUUCAUACUCAUCGCCUUGACUGACAUCUAUUCAGAAGAAAUUUUCUUUUUUUUUUUCUCCCCUCAAAGCGUCUACAUAGCCAGUUUUCCUGAAUACACAAAGGCAAUGAUAGAUCAUCUGAUUGCCAUGAAGGUUAAUCACUGGGACACGUAAGUACUUGUAUCACACGACUCCAUCUACUGUGAAUUCCCCUAAACGCCACCACAGCCCUCUUUGUUUUAAUUUUUCCUCUCUUGCAGAGCGAUAAGAGAACUUUCCUCUAAAGCACUCCACAACCUGACGCCUCAAGCGCCUGAAUACAUGGCAUCAACAGGUAAACAAUGUCACCUUACCGGUUUCUGGGGCCGUGGAGAAAGUAGAAAUCUUCAUGGGAAAUGAGUGAUAGUUGAGGAUGAAAACCUGCAGUUAUCACUCAUGACUUGAUACACUGUGUUUGUUUUCCUUGUUGUUUUUAGUGUUGCCACAGCUGUUACCCAUGGCUGUGGGCAUAGACCUGCACAGCAGACAUGGAGCCAUCCUGGCAUGUGCCGAGAUUAUUCACGCUCUGUAUAAACUGUCUCUUCAGACUAACAGGUAGUUAGUCAGAAUUUUUGACGUCCUUGUGCCUCAGGACUGUCAUUAGCUGAUAUAUAUUUAAGUUUGUGUGGGAUGUGUGUUUCCUGAUAGGCACCAAGGUGAAUACUUUACAGAGCAAUGAAUAUUAAAAAAAAUAAAUAAUGCCCAGGUUGAUUUUACGACUGAGGUUUGUAUGAAAGAGGAUUAGGGCCACAAAAAGAGACAAAAAAUAAUCACAGGAGGAAGAUUUUUUAUAUCCAUGUCAAGAGUAAAGAUGAAAUUUCGAGAUUAAAGUCGAAAUUUUGACUUUAUUCAUGUCGACUUUAAUCUAAAAUUCAAUUUUUUUUAAACUUGAAAUUCUAUGUUUUUCACUACAUUUUGUAAUCAGAUAAUUUUGACUUAAAUCUCAAGAUUUACAUUUUAUUUGAUUUAGACAUUUCUACGUUAUUCACGAAAUUUUCUCGAAACGUUGACUUUAAUCUGGAACUUUCAAUUUCUAAUCUCGAAAUUUCGACUUUACCGACAUAAUUUAGAUUUUUUUAAUCUUGUUAUUUCGACCUAAAUUUUGAAAUUUUUACUUUAGUCACGACAUUUUGUAAUCUCGAAAUUUCAACUUUAAUGUCAAAAUUUUAAUUUAUUUAAUCUCGAAUUUUUUUUCACGACAUUUCGACAUUUUGUAAUCUUAAAAUUUCAAUUUUUAUUCUCGAAAUUCCAACUUUAUCUACAUAAUUUUGAUGUUUUUCAUCUUGAAAUUUCGACUUUAAUUUCCUCUCUGUAAUGAUUGUUUUUCUCUUCAUGUGGCCCUGAUCCUCUUUCGUGGGUUUGGACUCUUGGUCUGUUCCACGAGACGUUUUGCACCAUUUCUUGUGUCUGACAAACUUGACAAAGAUUGAAAAAAAAAAAGCAUGCACAAAAAGUUAAAUACUGCUAAGCAAAUAGCAUCUCUGCACUAGUGUUGUUUGCACACAUUUAGAUGAGCCACUAUGCAUUCGUUUGGAGUAAAUUUGCUCCUUUCUUUACAAACAAGCCUCAAAAAAUAUACACCCAAUUCACCACUCGAGUGCUUACAGCCACAAGCAGUUAGAGUGAAAAUUUCAUUACCUGCUUCACGCUAUUACUGAAGGAUUUGCAAGCAAUGUCAUGCUCAGACUUUUUAGUGAUUAAGUGAAUGACCUAGAAGUGUGAUGCAUCUGCAAUGAAGUCUUUUAUUUUUUACAAUAAUCAGUCUGUGUUUAGCUCAGCCACUGCACACUCAGGCUGUGCCAUUUUGCAGUGAUUAAAUCUGAACUAGUUGAAUUUUUGCAAGCUUGCAACAGGAUGUCAGCUGGAUAUAAAGUGUGACAUGAACCUCACAGGAUUCAUCCAGCUCAUCAUAAAUAUGGAUAUAAGUUAUAAAUUAAUCUCAUAAAUUAGAUCUUGAGACGGAGCAGGUAUCAAACAUCUUCAAUUCUUGGUGCAAUUAGCAGCUGCAAUUUGAACCUUUUAGUCUCUAACUCAUCACAUAAGCAUUUUUAUGUCAGCCCAUAUUGGGAAAAUAGUUCUCAGUAUAUAGUGAUUCUGCUUUCUUCUCUAUUACUUUGAACAGAAACUAUUCUCAUGUCUCAUCUGUUUUUCUCUCACAGGAACGUGGUGGACAUGAUUUCCUCAGAAUGUGUGGACGCGUUAAAAAACAUUCAUCAGAUGGUAGGUGAUUCAAAGGAAGUCAACCAGAAAAUGUCGCUGUCACACUGUUGUUAACAUUCAACUCUUCAAAUUCUUUCAGCUGCAGGACAGGAAACAGUACAGGUAGGCAGAAACUUCAGUACUAGUCUGGUUUGAAGGUUAAAUACCGUUCUGGCCUCUGAUCCAAACUGUGCUGUUUUCUUUAGGGGUUUUGGUGGAGAGCUGAUGAGGCCAGCGAGUAAGUUCAAAAGCAAAUGAGAGGGUAGAUUUCCUCACCGUGGAUUAAAUAGUUAAAAGUUUUGUCAUGAUUCUGCACAUUUCAUCGGUUUAAUUUUCCUCCACAGUGUUCACUCUGAUAGAAAAGCUGUCCUUGUCCAAAAUGCCUUUUAAAGACGAGCCUGUUGUCGGUAAGUUAAAGUGUUUCACUCAUCUAUUUAAUGUUUUUGUUUUAUUUAAUAACCAAACCACAACUCUAAAACUGUGACUCUGUGUUUCAGCUGGCUGGCAGUCUCUCAUCGAUGACACCAUAAAGACCCUCCAUUUUAUCUCCAGUGGUGCAAAGGAUGCCAUUAUGGUAAGUCCAGUCACUAUUACUCUAUAGCCUUGUUUCUGUUAAUACUAUAUAAACUUUGUCUUCAUGUCCUAAUCUUUAUUCCUUUGUCUGCAGGAUGCCGCUGUAUUAGCUUUGUCUGCCUUAUGUGAGGAGUACUACCAGGCUGAACCAGGCCGGGCUGAUGCACAAAUGCAGGGUGUGUGUAAUUUUAUCAUUAUAUGUCUGAAUUUAAAGUAAAGGCUUCACAUUUUGACUUUUGGGUGUGUUUGUCUCGUCGACCUGUGCAGAUGUCCUGGUGUCUCAGUACACCGAAGGCCUACAGAAUCCUCAGAUGCUCACUCGCUGCGGAUCUGCCCUCGCUCUCGGCUGCCUGCCGAGAUUUAUGAUCCAUAGCAAACUGAAGCAGGUGUGUCAGGGAGGCUGUGCACAUUUUCCAGACGGUUUACACCCCUAUAAUCUCUCUCUUUGAAAUUUUCUGUGUUUCUGUGAUAGAUCCUUGAAGGUCUUCAGCAGAUGUGCACUGUCACCCUGAAAGAGGGAAAUUUUACCGAGGCGAGGAGAGAUGCAGUCAAAGCCAUAGCUCAGUGGGUAUCCACAAACAACACAUCUGUUUAUUUUGUUUUUAGAGUUAAAACUUUUGCUCUGUGGUUUCCUCUUUGUUCGGUGUCUUUCCUGUCUCCAUUGUUGCGUAGGCAGUAAUGCUAAAAUAAACAGUUGGCUGACGAUACCUGCAGGACCUGAAUGUCCAGCAGUUUUCUGUGCAGCUUCUUUUGAGCUUCCUCUAUCUAAUUGAUUCCCCCACUUUAUCAGAUCCUGCGCAUUUGCUGAUAACCUCCUUCUUUCUGUCUUCUUGUCCCCCUUCAGAGUGUCUGAGAAGGUGGGUGUUUGCGCUCAGGGCUCCCCAGAUUCAUCCCUCUGCUCUGAAAACGUCCCGGAGGUCUACGGCACUCUGCUCACCUGCAUGAACGACUACACGACGGACAGCAGAGGGGACGUAGGCGCCUGGUGCGUGAACUCCCACAGAACACACACACGCACAUAAACACUCACAGCAAACAGACACACACUUUUAUUUUGCCCCGGGGAGGAGGAACGCUCCGUCGCCCGAGGCCCCUGGUGUUUUUCUGUCCCUGUUUGCUCGUGUCGCUGGUAGCCCCGGGCCAUGCUUACCGCCUGGAAUGUCACCUGGCUUGUCACUUGGCCUCACGACACAGAAUGUGCUGCUUCUUUACCUUCCCCUCCCUCUGUCUCUUCAAUCUGUUUCUCUGUUUGUUUGUACAUACUCAUUCCUCAUUCGGUUCUUUUUAGUAUUUUGAUCACACAAGUUUACUCCUUUUUUUAUUUAUUUUUUUACCUAUUAUGGCCCUCUUUAAUGUUUGCCAAAAGGCAGGUAAUCCACAGUUCAACUCGAGGCCCGCGCACCUGUUUCCAGAUUUGACUUAAGGAUGAAUUAUCUGAUUAACAUUUCACGAAAACAAAUUGUCCCCCGCAGCAUCGACAGUCAUUUGACUAUUAAACUGCCAAAUCUGGCGACACUUCAGUGCGAUCUUAAUGUCGCCGCAUGUGUCUCUGUGUUAGAUCAUGUUUCUUCUUGUACCCAGGUCAUGAGUCUAAAGAGAUUAAACUAUCAAGUGUUGCUGCGGCGAUGAUUGAUGAGAUCCUGAUAAUUUAGCAUGAUUAAUUCUGUCGUGUGUUUGAAGGGUGCGAGAGGCAGCAAUGACCAGUCUGAUGGAUCUGACUCUACUGGUGGCUCGCAGCGCUCCGGAGAUCCUUUCGCCCGACCUGUAAGUAGCAAAACCGAGACCACUCCUUACUUCGUCUAACAGAACAGACAGACAAACUCCACCCUGUGUCUCACGGCUGGAGCAGGUGACCACAGAAGAUGCCAAACUUGUUGCUUUUUAAUUGCCUUUGCUGACUUUUGUGUCCCAAGGUGUGGCUAAAAUACCCCGGCUUAAAUAAAUCCAACUCAGAACAAAGUUUUGCAAGAAAAAAAAAAGGCCGGGUGAAAAAAAAAUGUAGGUUACGUUUAAUGACCCACCCUAAAAACUGUGAAAUUCAGUGGAAACAACUGUGUGAAGACAGCAAAGCUUUGAUUUCACUGUUAGAUCUGUGCAUCAAUCCUCAGCCGUUGGCACGAGCUGUGAAUGAUGACAAAGUAAUGAGGUGAUGGACAUGGUGAGUUUCUUGUGCACAGCGGGGGUUAGCCUUUAGCUGUUUUUACAUAUAAACUUUGAAUGAUGGCUGGGGAUUUAGGUGGGGACACUGUCAGGACUUGUCCCCUUCAAUAUGAAUUUGACUGACGGCAUUUGGAAAUAAUCAGUUUGUUUUAAAAGGAGAGGUUGUCACAGAGCGUAGGAGCACGUAUCUAAUAAUAACUGUUAAUUUGUUAUAAAUACAAGAUUUUUUUCAGAUGCAUCUAGAUUAUAAAUAACACUGUCGACAGGACGACACAGGCAGACCUCACUGUCACCAGCGCUCAGACAUUAUGCAACUGUUCCAAGGCAGCAGAGUCUGGAUCGUCACAUUCAGCUUAGGGGUGCAAGAUAUUGGCUCAUUAUGUUGUAGCUUGUUCCACUUGAUAAAUAGGAGACUGUAAAUCACUCGUUUCUAAAAAAAUAUGUCUUUAUGGACAUGAUCGAGCAGAAAAAACAGGGUUCCUACGCAAGUAUGGAGAAGUAUGGAAUUAAUUUGAUCAAUUUCCAGGUCUUAAAAAGUAAAAUAAAUGAAAAAUAAAGUAUGGAAAAAUAUUUAGGUUUCUAGACUAAUGCCACAGGAAAAAGACAUGGUUUUCUAAAAGAGAAAAGGAGGUAUUUCCAAAAAUAAUUCUAAAAAGUAGGGCAUGGAAAAGUAGGGAAUUUCUAACUGCGUAAGAACCCUGAAAAAAUUAACUUUAACUUAAGGUUUUUGGUCUUUAAGGAUGAGGCCACAGUAAAGAGGCCCACCAUGCAAGUGUCAAAUAUUCUGAUGUGUGUAGCUGCCAAGUUCAGAAUAAAAGUUUGCUUUGUUCAAUUUUGUUGGGAUUUUCCUUUUUUUUUGUAUGCACGCAAAAAACGGAAAACAAGGACUACUUUAAUAAACAUACUGGUGUCAUUUAAUGCUUAAAAAAGUCGAAUUGAACCCUUGCACACUGAUUUAGAAGAGAUUUCAAAAUAUCAGGAUAUAUAUCUAUUAUUUUUCAACCAUACUGCGUAGCCCCUAAUUCUAAGGAGAAUAUUAAAAGCUAAUUUUGGAGCAGGGGAUGAAAGAAGUUUUUUAAAUCUGAAGAAAGCUCAACGAUGAGCAAAGUGCAUCAAGUUUUGAACCUCUCUUGCGUUGCAUUUACUUGCCCUGCGGGCUCCGAUGCUCCGCACUGCUACCAUCUUUCCCCUUCUGCACCUCUCUCACAAAAUCUCAGGUGGGUUGACUUUGCCCAUCAUUUUUUUCUACCAUCAUGAGGUGAGGUGAGAUGAGGUGUAAAUAUUCCACUUUGAAAUGGCAGGAUACAAGAGCCUUCAACAGAAUGUGGACCCAACUCAUCCUUGAGGGUUUAUGAAUCUUGAAGUUCUUGGGAUAUCCCAAGAGGACCUGAAAAUGGUUUCCAGGGAGAGAGAUGUCGAAGGAUGACUUAGCUUUUAGCUCGCUGCAACAGAGCAGUCCCAGAUAUAGAAGAAAGUUAACAGAUGAGUGGAUAUUGGUCAUGAGAACUCAACAAUGAUCUUUGUGAAGUAACACACAGCAUGGCUUUCUGAGCGUGCUCAAAACCCCUUUUCUUUUUCCUCCUUUUAUUCUCCAUGUCAGGGUGAAGUGUACCAUGUGCUGCCUUUCCCAGCAAGCAGCAGAAAAGAUUGACCGCUACAGAGCCCACGCUGGAAACAUCCUCCUUCGCCUCCUCCACAGCACAGACCCUGCAGUACCCCACAUCCCCCACAGGGAGGAGCUGCUGAGCAUUUUCCCUGAGUGAGUAACCCCUGUCCUAAACUAACUCUAAGAGGAUUUAUACCAACACUUGAUUCAAAGAUUUAAAAAGAAAGUUUUUAGGAUUAUAUUUUCUCAUAUUUGUGACUUUCUUUUCUUUCUUUCAGGGAGACCUUAACCAGUCUGAACUGGAAUGCCCCAUCCCAAGCUUUUAAGUACAUCACCCAGCUGCUGAGACUGCCUCAGUAUCAGCACCACACCCUGCUGGGCCUCACCGUGUCUGUAGGAGGGAUCACAGAGUCCACGGUAGGUCAGUUUUAAUGGGAGGAGUUAAACAUUGUCAGAUGUCGACAGGUUUAAAAGAAAAAAAGGAAAACAUAAAGUGUUGCACAGAAAAGGCAUGAAAAUCUCUGAUCAAUCAAUCUAGAUAAAUAAAUGUGCUUUUGUUUUGUAUGUUAUGAAGAGGCAAAUUUAUACACGUCUUGUUUACCCAAAGACUGAGGUUGGAGGGAAGUGAAACAACAAGCAUAAAACAAGUUCUGGUUUUAAACUGAAAGGAAGCACUAAAUAAUCCCACAAUUUACCAAAGACGAGGUUUUUGUAAGAGAUAUUUUCCACUCCACAAGGGAUUUAGUGGAAGUAUAUAGUAAAAAGAUGAAGUGAUAUAUGCAUGAAGUUAAGAAAAGAGCGUGAUUGAUCUCAGCAUGUAGUCACUCUUAACUGUUGUUUUAACCUUUUACUGCGAGCGUGUAAAAAUAGAUCUCCUGAAGACGACUGACUGUGGAGGAACUUCACGGAUAGAUGUUGGUUAAACCUGCUGCCAGUAAUCACAAAAUCAGCUCUCGCUUGUUAUUGUUGUCAGAUUCUUUUUGGCCAACAGGGGGAGCCAUGUGUCUAAAGUCGUCGGCCUUUGAAACCACACUGCCUCACUCUCAUUUUAAAGUCCUCUGUGACAGGUAUCAGGCUGUUUUUUAACUCCACACUGUGGCAACCAUCUGAUCUUGAACUAUUGAUCCAGAUUGAGGAGUUCCUGAACAUGUUUUCCCAUCGGCUUUUUAACCCACUGCUAAAUAACAGCUUUGAAACCUGUCUCCCCCUCUGACCUCUUGCACACCAUCACUCGGGGGGUUCAUGUGGGGCCCCUAAAUGGGGGUUGAUCAAGUUCUCUCUCCUCCUCCUUUUCAUGCUCCAGUUUGACCUGCCCUAAUAAAAGCAAUGCUUUAUAAGUGAGAUUUAUGACGGCAAGGGUAUUCUUAACAUUCACUGUUUGUGGAUAUAAUAAAAGAAAAAUAAGUCUAAAGCCUGUAACAGCAGCAAAAUCAGUAAGGCUGGACUCAUCUGCCAGUUGAGACUGUAAACAUAUUCCCUCAGAGACGAUCUGGCUCCGGUUUUGCUUUUACCUCCCGCUCCUUCAGCCGCGGAGACGUGACGGACUGAUAUGUUUGUACAGGGUUGAAUGCAAGAAAUGGAGCCAGCACUGCAUCGAUACGUGGGCCAAGAUUACCAUUCUCACACCACAGGCACAUAUUCACACAGGCCAGAGAGAUGAAGCAUCCACUAACUUUCCAGGAGCUGCGCUGAAAGCCAGCCAGGAUGUCCACAGACAAGAGCCAAACAGCAAAACAGUCAGAGUCGAGACUCUUUUUAACAAAAUGUGAUUCACAUGCAUUGACUUUUAGUUUGUGCACAUUUAAAAGAAUCAAGAUCCAACCUUAAAGGGAUGUUCUGGCGUAAAAUUAAGUUAGGGUCAAACACUGAGUUAGACACCCUGUCGAGAGAUGAAUGUUCCCGACCUCUUGCUUCUCUAGUUAUACCAACUUUAGUAACAAUCGCAAGAUAGCAAUACAAAGCGGUCUGAGGAGCCAUAAACAAACUUCGACCAAAAAGCCACAAAUAAUGCUCAGAACAGCAGCUAACUUCAUCAACAGUACAUACAGGGUCCCAGCCACAGCACUAGCCACCAAACAUCUUUUUAACUUUGCGUGAGACUAAAUACAACUCACUUACUCUCUUCUAGCAGCUGCUUGUUUGUAGUGAGACCUCGGGCCAGCCCAUCACAAGCUACAGUGGGGUGACGCAGCUCAAGGAAGAACAUUUAUGAUAAUUUCUUCAUGGAAAUGCAAUCAGACCGAGACGUUAAGGCUAAAGAACUACCACGUCUGCAGUGCAAAAUGAUUAAUAUGGUGAUUAUUACUUCAAGGAAGUGAUAAAGUAAUGAUGACCUAAAUUAAUUUUAUGCCGGAAUACCCCUUUAAAGAAACAAAUAUUAUUUUUUUUUAUGAUUCAACUUUUAUUGACUUUAAAUUUUAUUAAAGAAAUAAUUAAAAAAAGGCAAAAAGAUACAGUCUUAUGAAGGAGAAGGAGAAGUAAAAACAAGUACAUAAAUCCAAGACAGGUAAAAUUAGUCCGUGCUCAAUAUGUUAAACAAUCUUACCAAAUACAACCACCACAUGUGUUGCAUUGUCCCAUGUGAACUUUCUACAGGUAGUCUUCCAGUAAAUAUAACCCUGUAAUAAACCCAGUCUACCUUUACCUCCAUUUCCAUGCCAGCCUCUCCAGAACAUCCCAUAAUGAUCAGUCUAAGCUGAUGCAUUUUAGCCACCUUGUUAAGAAUAGUCUAAAAAACAUUUCUCAAUAUAUUUAUCAAUGCCAUUUGUGAUACGAUAGGAUAUCCUUUCAAAAGAAACAGAUAUUUAAACUCAGUGUGGAGCAGAAAACCAAACACGGCGUCUCCAUGCUGCUUUGUUGACGUUGGGUUGCUAUGAUGCAAGCACCAAGGUUGUUCCUGUAGUCAGAUGAAAUCAUCAGUUUUGCAAUUGAUCCUUCCACGGCCCCGAAAGUUCACACAGAACACAUUUGAUCAAACCGGCCGAUAGUUGAGAUAGUCCAGACAUUUUUUUUUAUCUGCAGUGUUCAGUAAAUCAGAGCACCUCAAUUUCCAUUCUCACUUUUACUUUGCAAUAAAAAGUGUCAGGAAACGUCUCAGCUCCAGCCUCACCGCAGUGAUUGUGUGACUGUUUAUUUCUGUCCACUCCACUUUAGCUGCCCCCUCUCUUCUGCUCUCUUUCAGGUGCAUUUUUCCUCUCAGUGGUUGUUUGACUAUCUUAGAGGGAUUCAGAGAGACAAUGCAGCACUUUCACAGUUUGGAGACACCCUGCUGAGCGUCUUCAGGGACAACCUCCGCAAUGACAGGUACUUUUUGGAAACUAUUUAAAUCUUUCCUUGAUUCAUUUCUUUUACUCUAAUGUUGCUCCGCUCCCUCUUUUUUUAUGCAGUAAGUUAUUUCUGAUUUCUCGUUUUUGUGCCUUUUCUUCAGAGUUUCCAUUCCUUUCCUCAAAAUGCUCAAUCAGAUGCUCGCUAACAGCUGCUUCGAAAUCUUCACCACACAAGAGAAGUGAGUAUUUCUCCAGCUUUAUUAAAACAAAAAAAGAUCAUCGAAGGCCGGUAUCUGCAAAAACGGACUUCUUUCUCUAAUCCCUUUCCUUAGUCAUCCGUUCUGUGUGGAACUUCUGACUCUCUGCAAAGAGUCCAAGAAGGCCAAAGAUAUUUCCAAGCUGCUGGCCUGUAUAUCUGUGUAAGUCUUCAUCCUCACUGAGUGCACAUUUUCUACCGCACCGAGGCAGAAAAGACCAUCUGUGCUGACUGUGCUGUUUGCUGUUUUGCAGCUUUUGCGGGCUGAUCCAGUUCCAGGGGGAUGUGAGGAAGAAGGUUUUGUUCCAGCUGCUGAUGCUGCUCUGCCAUUCGUUUCCAGUGGUAGGUCCGAAAGGAACGGAGGAAUGCUAGACCAACUUUAUUGGAUCGAACGGGCUGACACUAAACACUACAAAAAUGCAGCAUCCUUCUUCACGCAUGGCAUUCGCAUUAUUUAAAUGCCCGUAAAAUAUCAUUUAAGCCUGCAGAGUUAGCUGGUUAUAUUGAAUUACAUUAGAGUAUUACCAAGCCAGACAAGGAAUGGCAAUAUCUGUCAAGCAUUUUGGACCAACCACGAUAUAGGAUCGGUGUGAGAUUUCUACAUACUCAAACUCUGGAUACUGCCACACUUUUAAUACCACCUGCUUUAAAACUGAUAUAAUUUCCUUGAAGGAGCAGUGAUGGUCGGUCAUUACAUGGUCAUGGAUAAAUGUUUGAGAGAGAAAACGAAGGGCCAAUUCAGAUGCUGUUUUUAAUUGUUUCAUAGUGAUCACGCUCCCCGCAUAAAUGCACAGGAAAUUGUGGGAUUGUGUAAGUUUGAAAUUUGUGUUUUUCCCUGAUUCACCUUCUGUCAAAGCUACUUCACCACCGACUGUUCUUAUUCACAGGCUGCCAAACACUGACGUUUAGUAGAGUCCUUUUGGUAAUAAUACUAGAACUUUAUUUAUCCCUGAGGGAAUUUCAUUUGCCUGGAGUCUCAGAUAAACCUAGUUAUAAUCUGACCUGCGCUGUGGUGGUAAAGGUAGUAGCUCUGUAAGCUUCUGAAAUGCUGGCAAACAGCAGAUCCAGGAUUUGUUUUCUUUGGUAGGACAGUUAACAAACCGUGUAAAUCCACACAGAUGAGCAGAGAGGGUCUCCUGAUGUUAUUACAAGUGCCUCAGGAUGUUGAGUCUGUAUCCUAGCAACAGUAUCAUAAAAAACGUCAUACAGAACUUCAGCCGUUGCCUUGGGUAGGAUGUAUACAUGUAUUGUUAUGAUAUGACUGAACUCACUUGGAACAUAAUAUGUAUGAAAAGCAACUGCCAACAGUUCAGUAUCUGGAUAACACAACUUCUCCUUGACAGUUAUGUGUGAGGAGUUACACCAUCCUUGGUUAACCCCCUCUGACCAUAGGUGAAAUAUAAACAGAUUUUUUUUGUUUCUAAAAAUUUCCACCAUGGAAAACCUCAGUGGCCUGAAACUCUGUUCAUGUGUGGACAGGAGCUCAAAACACAGAGAAAAACAGCCUUUUAAUGAUUGUCACACAGGUGUAAAAACAUGUAUGGGGCCUAGGUUAUAAGACAGCAAAGCCACCUUUUCCCAGUAUAUGAAUCAGUAUGGCUAUAACUUUAACUGCAAAGCAAAUUGAACGUUCACUUUCCCUCUAACCUCAGAUCAGGAAGACCACAGCCAGCCAGAUGUACGAGAUGCUGCUGUACUAUGAUGACGUGAUCGAUCCAGAGGUGUUGGACGAGGUCACCACCCUGCUGAGUGACACUAACUGGUUCGUCGCCUCAUUCGAUUAAGCUGUUAAAUCCUCUUUGUUUGGUCGUGUUUGUGACACUUCCUCGCUGCAUUUCACCUCCAGGGAGAGCAGCCUCGCUGAGGUGAAGCCCUACAGGAACCAGCUUUGUGAUCUGCUGGGAGUCCCCAAGCCACAGCCGAUCGCCAAGGUAACCAUCAGAGUGAAGAUUCCUGCAAACGAAGUUAACUCCAUUUAGCCUCUUAUUGGAGAUCUUAACAUCACAACUCUCUUUGAUCCACAGGGUGCUGUCCCCAUGUCCUGAUCGCCUGAAGUUCAAAUCAAGGAGGAAAUGCAAAUAAAAUUAGUGGGUAACACGCAAAAAAAAAAUGAAAAAAACUGAAAGACUGGACUGUGAGUGCGGCUCACAUGAAGUUGCCUUGAUUCAAACUGCUUAUGCAAGGUAUUUCAUAAAGCACUUGCGUCGUGACAGUCCAAACUUAACUGGACUGUUGGUUUUGAUAAAAGCACUAAUGUAUAAAAGAUGUGGAACAAUUUAAAGCAUAUUUAAGCGGCUGCCAAGUUUACAGAGAAGAAAAAUGAAUGGUUCUGUAUUUGGGAAUGAAAUAACAAAAUUUAAUCAGACGGAAAAAAGUCCCCGGCAUCAUGAGUUUCAGAUCAGAGUUUCAGUUUGACAGUGCACAUGAUUGAAGAAUAUCAAAGGUUAAAGCUGGAUCUACUUUCUCGCUAAUAAAACAUUCAUAAAAGAACAUUUGUUCUAAGAAGCCCUCGCACCAAUUUAUCGCUACCCGAGGAGUUUACAGGCAAUAAAUGGUCAAAAACAUCACAAACUUCCUUUGUUGGUGGUUAUUCUUGCU